GAAAGAUAAACUUAUUUUCCCAAACAUACAAAGGCUUUUCCAGGGAAAAGAGCUAAGGUUAUGUCACACCUCUCUCUCCUCAGCAACUGGUUUGUCAACUUACACCGCAUACCACCUCAAAUUCCUAUGUGGCUGCCACGUGUCCACUCUGCUAACAGCUGUACAUGCUUCACCCGUCUUUCUUCUCCACUCUCCUCCCCUCUAUAUAUUUCAAUUCAGCUCUCUGUUUCUCUGCAAUAAAACAGAGAAAAAGAAAAUCCAGCUCUCAUAGUUCCCAGUUAAACCAUAACCAAGAAAAUGGCUGCUGCAACUCACGAAGACCUUAGCCUCCAAGAAGAACAAGAACAGGAACAUGAACGUGUUUUCAAACAACAAAACGACGACGUCCCAGCAAGCUCCCUGAAAUACCUCAACCCAGAAAAGGGUCAAACCAUGGAAACUGUACGCAAAGCUAAUCUCAUCUCUCUGUGGCAGCUCAAUGCCCUCAUAGUCAUGCUUGUCUUCUCAGCCAGCGGCAUGGUCAGCCUGCAAGACUUGGCCUUUGUUCUCUUCUCCAUCGUCUACAUCUUUAUCCUCUCCAAAUUCUCCUUCCCAACUAUUUCCAGAGACCCAUCUCAGGACACACCAGUCUUCAACCCACAAAGCAAAAUGGUCAGACUUGGCCCAAUCUUUGGCGCCGUCAUCGGCCUCGUCCUCCCCAUAGCCUAUAUCUUCGAUGGCUUCUUGGAAAGAGAUAAACAAGGCAUCAGAGCGGCUGCCCCGCACGUGUUUCUUCUUGCCAGUCAAGCCUUUGUCGACGGAGUGGCUUUUUCCGACAGGUUCUCGACUCCAAUUCGGGUUUUCGUGCCGGUUUUCUUUAACGCGAAGAGGAUUUUCACCCUUGUGGAUUGGGUCCGAAAUGAAUUUUCCGAAGGCUAUGGUGAUGAUUAUGGCGGUGGUUCUGCAUCUGCUGCUGCAAGGAGACUGUCUCUUGGGAGAUGGCUUGCCAUUGCUAAUUUGGUUUUCUGGACUUCGGAUCUUUUUGGGUUUAUGUUGCCUAUUUAUCUUCCUAGAGCUUUCAAGAAAUAUUACUCUGCAAAAACAGAGUGAACUCCAAUAUCAAUAUAUCAAUAUAUGUAUUACUCUGUAUGUAUACGUAUGUAGUCACAUAAAAAAAUAAUAUAUGUA